AUGGGCCAACUGCCUACAGUGAGAAUAUCACCUUCACGAGCAUUUCUCCAUACGGGGGUGGACUAUGCUGGCCCAUUCCCUAUUCUCAAAUGGCGACCCACAAAUGCCCAACCAUCUAGCGUUCAUAUUGCAGUAUUUGUGUGUUUCAGUAUAUCAGCAGUCCAUUUAGAGCUCGUUUCCAGGCAGACAACAGACGCAUUCAUCGAAGCCUACAAGAGAUUCACCGGAAGGAGAGGUAUCCCCGAGGUUAUGUACAGUGACAACGCAACCACGUUCGUUGGCGCCUCAACAGUCCUCAACAAGUUGUACAACCAGCCAUCCAGAGAGAAUCAACAGAUCCAGGCUGCUCUCGCCACCAACGGGACUCAAUGGAGCUUUUCACCACCGAGAGCACCUCGUUUCGGUGGCAAAUGGGAGGCAGCUGUCACAUCAACGAAUUAUCAUCUCAAAAGAGUACUUGGUUCGACGACAUUCACCUACGAAAAACUCAACAGCAUCCUGAUCCAGAUAGAGGCCUGCCUCAAUUCCAGGCCAAUCGCACCGAUGUCAGAUGACCCAGAAGACCUCCAAGCACUCACCCCAGGUCAUUUCCUGAUCGGUGAGCCUCUACAGAAAAUACAACAAUUCUGGUCCAGGUGGUCUAGAGAGUGUCUUCAAAGGAACCAAGCUAUCUACAAGUGGAAUCAACGACGAGAGAACAUCGAAGUUGGAGACAUCCUGACGGCCGACGAGGACUAUCCACCAGCAAAAUGGCCACUCAGUAGAGUAGUGGCAGUUCACCUAGGAGAAGAGGCCCUCACAAGAGUUACAACCAUCAAAACAUCACGAGCAGUAGUACCAACUCGACCAGAUGGUACCCCAACAUCAAGAGAAUCACCAGUACCAGCAUGA